UUGUAUGUCUCUUUCACCAGUAUAGUAGUCUUCUUUUCUUCACAAAGACGACUAUUCCUUGUUCUAGAUGGCUUUGAGUUUGAUUAAUAUUAAGCAGCCGUUACUGAAGUCAUCCAUUCAAAGCGAAAGCCGUCUUGCCCUGGAAAGAGAUUAGGGACACAAAGGAAGUUUCGGAUUAUUGUUUUCAAAGUCAAAACCAAACAAAGAUCAGCAUAAAAGCAAAACCCUUCAACCCCCAACCAACUCCAUUCUUGUUUAUACAAAUUUUUGUUUCUCUAUUUGUUUUUUGGAAACCAAACCAAAGGGAAACAAACCCCUUUCUUUCUUUCUUUCUUGCUUUCUUUAUUAUUGUCAUGAAUUCCAAUACUGCUUCGUCCAGCUCUGCCACCGCUGGAUCCGCUGAUUCUUCUGCUCCCAGAAGGAAUUCCAAGCGACCCAAGUAUUCAAGGUUUACUCAACAGGAACUUCCAGCAUGCAAGCCAAUUCUCACACCACGAUGGGUGAUUUCAACAUUUUUGCUUGUUAGCAUUGUCUUCAUUCCCAUUGGAGUUGCUUCCCUCUUUGCUUCCCAAGAUGUUGUUGAAAUCAUUGAUCGAUAUGAGACUGAGUGCAUACCACCAGCCAAUAGAAGUGAUAAGGUCGGAUUUAUACAAAGCUCAAUUGAUAAAACUUGUGAGAGAAGAUUAAGAGUGACAAAGCGUAUGAAGAAGCCAGUUUAUGUGUACUAUCAGCUUGACAAUUUCUACCAGAAUCAUCGCAGAUAUGUUAAGAGCCGAAGUGAUGAGCAGUUGAAAAAUACAAAUAGCGCAAGUGAAACAAGUGACUGUAAGCCCGAAAAUAUGGCAAACGGGAAGCCUAUUGUGCCUUGUGGACUUAUUGCCUGGAGUUUGUUCAAUGAUACUUACAGUUUUUCCCGUAACAACCAAUCAUUGGGGGUGAACAAGAAGGAUAUUGCAUGGAAGAGUGAUAGGGAUAGCAAGUUUGGCAAAGAUGUUUUUCCUUCGAAUUUUCAGAACGGAACUCUUAUAGGUGGUGCUCACCUCAAUGAAUCCAUACCAUUGAGUGAGCAGGAGGACCUUAUUGUUUGGAUGCGAACUGCAGCCUUGCCAACUUUCAGGAAGUUGUAUGGAAAGAUAGAGGAGGAUCUCCAACAAAAUGAUGAAAUAGUUGUAACACUGAAAAAUAACUACAACACUUACAGUUUUAAUGGCAAGAAGAAACUUGUUCUCUCAACUUCCAGCUGGCUUGGUGGAAAGAACGACUUCCUUGGCAUUGCUUAUUUAAGUGUUGGAGGGUUGUGCUUCUUUUUGGCUUUGUCAUUCACUGUUGUAUAUCUGAUCAAGCCAAGGAAACUUGGAGAUCCUUCAUAUUUGUCUUGGAAUAGAAAUCCUGGAGGCCACUGAGCAAAUUUAUGGAACCUCAUCAGAUGGACUGAUCAUCUCAGUUGAUGUAAUUUUGUGUGUGAACGUUCAAGUGAUUAUAUUCUCUGUUUGAAAAGCAUCUUCUUGUUAUUUAAUCGAAUUGCACGAUCCACUCAUUUAUGUAUAAUAUGUGAGGUAGCGCAAUACAGUUGUUAAUUUCCCUCAACUGAGCUCUGCAUUAGAAUGAUCAGAAAUUUAAAAUUUGCUUCUUAUGUGAA